GUUGCUCAGUUGCUCAAGUCCAGUGGAAUUUCAGUUUGUCAUGUAAUUUUUAAAAGACAAGAGAUGGCAGAGGAGAAUGUUAACUAUGCUGCAGUGGUGUUCAAAAAUAAGAAACAACCACAAUCAAAAUCUCAAAAAGAGGAAGAAACUGUUUACGAUGAAGUUAAGGUGCGAAAUGAAACAGCUCAGCAGACAUCUGACUCAAAAGCUAAAGCAGUUGAAGAUGCUGUGUAUGUUAACGUGCAGAAGCGGAAUGAAAGAGUUCAGCAAACUCCUGACAAAAGUGGAUUUCUGUCAGACAAGGCAGCAGAAAGAUGUCGCCGCUAUCAGCUGCUGGCUUCCUGUUUUGGGACUCUCUGUGUCAUUUUGGUGCUGAGCAUCAUUGGAGUCUGUGUUUAUUUUGCAACAGUUCAUGAGAGCGCUGCAAGGGAGCUGAAUCAGGUGAAAUCACAGCAAAAGGUUCUUCUGGAAGAAAACCACAAUCUGACCAACCUCAACAACAAACUCAGUUCAGAUUAUCAGAAUCUGACAGUUCAGUUUAACAACCUGACUGCUGUCUCUACCGCCUUAAACAACAAGACCACCACGCUGACUGCAGAAAACCACAACCUGACCAACCUCAACAACAAACUCAGUUCAGAUUAUCAGAAUCUGACAGUUCAGUUUAACAACCUGACUGCUGUCUCUACCGCCUUAAACAACAAGACCACCACGCUGACUGAAGAAAACCACAAUCUGACGUCGCUUAAUGAGGGGCUGAGGAAAGAAAGAGAAAACCUCACAGAACUCAUAAAAAACAUGGAGAAAACCUGGAAUGAGCUCAAUGUCAGUCAAGCUCAGUGGAGCAUUGAUGCUUAUUGUCCUAAGAAAGCUGGAGUGAGAAAUUGCACUUCUUGCCAAGAUGGCUGGUUACUCCUAUCUCCCAGCUGUUAUGCAUAUAAUAACGCUGCACCCUCUAAUCAAAGAAACUGGGAAAGUGCUCGAGAUGUGUGCAGGACCAUGAAUUCAGACCUGACUGUUGUGUCUAAUCAACCUGAAAAGAAUUAUGUCAAUACAAUCAGUCCAGCUGAUAAAGACAUCAAAGGAUACUGGAUCGGUCUCAGAGUUGAAGAAGGGAAAUGGAAAUGGAUCGAUGGAAGUGAUCUGACCAAUCAAGCCUGGAUGCAGCAGCAGUCUGCAACUGAUGGUCAAUGUGUAACUUCUCUCCAGAAACAAGAAUGGAAGUCAGUGAGGUGUAAUGAAAGGAACGCAUGGAUCUGUCAGAAGAAGGCUUUAUCUGUUUAAAUAUGAAAUCUUUAGACUGAGACUGAGACAAGUUAUCUAGAAUAUAAACAAUGAUUAUAUAAAUAAAUAUAAAUAUAUAUAAAUUUAAAUAGUGUUUGAAGGAAUUUUAAAUUACCAGAACUUUAGGAGGUCCACUUUGUUUUUAACUUUCUUUAAUGGUUGUGAUCAUACGUGUACAUAUUUAGAUGCUGUUGCUUGUUUAAUGAUGUCAUAGAGAAUAAAAAUAAUGUAUUUUCUUCCUGCCA